AUGGCUGUGAUGAGUGUGGAAACCUUGGCAAAUGGGCCCAGAGCGGACGCAGAAAGUGGUGGUGGUGGCUCUGGGUCCGGCUCGUAUCUGCCCCGGAUAGACCAGUUUUACAUCCCCGAGUGGCUCACCAUGCAGUUUGUGCUCAAUAACAUGAUCUGUUUUACUCCUCUGAUAUCGUAUGGAACCACGGUUCUGAGCAUCAGAAAGUCAAAAACGGCUCUCGGAUUCUCUAUAGACAUAUGUGCGACCAUGCUUUUGGCCAGCAUUCUCCGCAUUUCAUACUACCUCAUUACACCCUACGACAUCAUCUUGCUGCGACAAUCCUUGGUGAUGAUCUUCAUUCAGCUGAUUUUGCUGCGCACCAGUCUCCAUUAUAGACCCGAGGAGUACAAAUACGAGAACCUGAAGCCCGUGGAUCCCUUCACUCAGCUGUUCCACGACGUGUGGCUCGAAUACUUCCCUCUAAACCCAUUUGGCUCCGACUGGAAACAUCUCAUAAAAUCUCUAUCUUUCAAGGGCUUUCUCCAGUUCGUGUACAAGCUCUGCCUCGUGGUGGUGUACAAAUUUCUCAAGUUUUUCGAUCCCAGCUAUCGCCGGUAUGGCUCUUUUUGGCAGUGGAAUCGCGACGCCAAUUUCUGGAUGUUCUUGCUGUACUUCUCAACAGCUCAACUAACCCUAACGCUGUUCGUGGCUAAGUUGAUGCACUGGACUUCGUUAGCACAGUCAAUAGGGUCUGCUAUUGGCUCUCUGGGACUUUUCAUUGAGUCGCUGUUGCCGCUACCUCAAAUUUCUAUCUUAAACAAACUGAAAUCUGUUCAAGGGUUCAAACUCAUCCUGCUGGUAAGUUGGCUGUGUGGUGAUAUUGUGAAAAUAGGCUACCUUGUGUUUGGAGCCAACAACAUCUCGUCAUUAUUCCUGUUUUUUGCAUUGUUCCAAAUGUCACUGGAUUUCUACAUUGCCGGUCAAUACGUCUAUUACCGGUUCUAUUCUCCUAGUAUAGAGAAUGGCAAUGCUUCAUGCGAGGAAAUCGAGCUCACUACAAUAAACUCACUUCAAUCAAAACCCAAAAUUUCAAGCAAUCAUUAA